AAAGAGCAUGAGAGGGGAUGGAGCAAGGACAGUGAGAAGGUACAAGAUGGUUCACUUUUCUUGAUCUGUCGGAUCACUUGUUAUUAACUCUGAUUGUUGGUGAAGCACAUCAUUGCUACACUUGACAGGAUCCGUCUUUUGGUCAAGACCCAGGGAGAGGUCUUGAGAUCAAAAUGGGAAGUCUUUGCAUCGCUCUUGCUCUUUUGCUCGUCUCGUGCGUGCCUGUACGAGCUCAAUGGUGGAGUUUCAGCUGGGCGAGGCCGAGGAGCAGCCCUAACCCCGCUCCUCCAUCCAUAACUUCACGGAGCCCUCCAAACGUGCCGGGGACAACAGCGUGGGUGGCACAUGAAGACGAGACAACAGGGACCACUUUCACUCGUGCGAUCCAGACUGGGAUGUCUACUCUUAGCAGAGCAGGGUACACGUCUUUCCGUGGAACGCUACCUCCAGAUGUUCCUACAGUUGUGAUGGUCAGUAAUGCCAGAUCCCAUUUCAAACCACUGAAACACUGGAAAACGGAGCAAAGCUCCGGAAGUCACCUGGAUUUGACAGAGCUCAUUGGCGUCCCACUCCCACCUUCUGUGUCCUUCGCUCCCGGCUUUGAGGGCUUUCCAGCGUACAACUUUGGGCCCGACGCCAAUAUAGGCAGGCUCACCAAGACCUUCGUGCCAGGCUCAUUCUACAUCGACUUUGCCAUCAUUGUCACGCUGCGCCCAGCCAGCCAGAGAGGAGGCAUGCUCUUCGCCAUCACAGAUGCCCAUCAAAAGGUGGUUGAGCUGGGCUUGGCCCUCACUCCGGUCCACGCAGGUUUCCAGAGUAUCUUAUUGUACUACACUGACAGUGAGCAGCCAUCCCAUAGCCAGAAAGCUGCUGCCUUCAGUGUCCCAGACAUGACGGACCAGUGGACUCGCUUCACUGUUGUGGUGGAACACAAUGAGGUGCGUCUCUACAUGGAUUGCGGCGAAGCCGAGAGGACGACUUUCCAUCGAAGGCCAGAAAGGCUCACUUUCUCACACAACUCUGGCAUUUUUGUUGCAAAUGCAGGGAGCACGGGACUUGAGAAGUUUGUGGGAUCCAUUCAGCAGCUGGUAAUCAAAGAUGAUCCCAGAGCAGCUGAGGAACAGUGUGAGGACGACGACCCUGAUGCUUCUGGAUAUGCCAGUGGCGAUGAUGGUCUGGAUGACAGAGAGACAGAAGAAGAAAAGAUCAAGAAAACAGAAGGAAGGAAGCAUGGGACAGCACAGGAAAAUACUGCUCCAAUUAGACAGCCACCCACAGAGGCACCAAAGUUGGAGAGUGACAAAUAUUCAAGUCACCAGACCGCAAUGGAGGCCAACCAGGAGGUCUUGCUAAGAGGGCCUCAACAGACAGACGAGCCCGGGGAAGCAUCUGAAGAUGUUGUUGUCAAGCACACCUUAAAAGGAGAGCCAGGGGAGCCUGGACCACCAGGCUCACCUGGCCCGCCAGGGCCCACUCUUCUACCUAAGCAAACUCACCCUGGGUCAAGGGGUCCACAAGGUCCACCAGGAAUCCCUGGAAAGCCGGGGAGAGAUGGACAGCAGGGAAUGAAGGGGGACAACGGCGAUGCAGGUCAGAGAGGACCUCAAGGAUUUCCAGGUUUGGAUGGAGAUGUUGGAGUCAAAGGAGAUAAGGGAGAUCCUGGAGUUGGUUUGCCCGGCCCACCGGGCCAUCCUGGGCCUCCAGGACCACCAAGAUCACGCAGUGUAUCUUAUGGAGAAGAUGCCCUGGGUUCCGGCUUUGAGGACCCGGACAGCGAUACAGAGCUCAUUAGGGGUCCUCCUGGAGCACCUGGGCCACCAGGACCACCCGGUCCCCCUGGGACCAACCCUUCAUCAGCUGACAUUGUUGAGGGCCUCUCUCACACAUACACUGGGCCACAUGGUGCCCCUGGUAAAAAUGGACUCAAAGGCCAACCAGGAAUCCCAGGUCUAGCAGGAAACGAUGGGGCUCCAGGACUCCCUGGAGCUGUGGGAGAAAAGGGUGACAGAGGUUUACCUGGACCAAAGGGUGAAUGUGGAUCGGCAGGCAAUGCAGGGUCUCGGGGACCUCAAGGGAUCAGCGGUCCACCAGGAAAAAGUGGCCCACCGGGUCCACCGGGACCCCCUGGUCCCCCCAGUCCAGCAGAAACCAAAUUCUUUGCUGAGGAUAUGGAGGGAUCUGGCAAGAGCGACAUGCUCAUUGGAGCAAGAGUCCCGGGUCCACAGGGUGCACCUGGUCUUCCCGGUUCACAAGGUCCCAAGGGUGAGGUCGGAGCCCCAGGUCCACCGGGGCCCUCCAUCAAGGGUGAAAGAGGUGACCCGGGAACCGUGGGUUUGCAGGGCCCUGCUGGACUACCAGGUCCCAGGGGGGUUAAAGGAGAAAAGGGUAGGCCAGGGGAAAAGGGUGAUUGUGGUGCAGAUGGUCUCGACAUCACAGGACCACCUGGGCCUCCCGGACCUCCUGGACCUGUCAUUAAUCUGACAGAUUUGCUCCUCAAUGUCACAGAGAAUAUAUUCAAUUUCACAGAGAUCAGAGGACCACCAGGGCCGUUGGGACCCGAGGGCUUGCCUGGUAAAGCUGGAUUUCCUGGCCCCAGAGGACCAAAGGGAGACAUGGGCCCUCCAGGUGUCCAGGGGCCAGCAGGGCUCAAGGGAGCAAAGGGAGAGCCAGGUGUGACCAUUGCUGCAGAUGGAUCAUUUUUAUCUCCACCAAGAGGCCCCCAUGGGCCCAAAGGCAUCAAGGGUGCUCGUGGAUUGCAUGGACCUGCAGGACCCAUUGGCCCGCAUGGACCUCCUGGACAAAAAGGAGAAUAUGGAUUCCCUGGACGUUCUGGACGACCUGGAAUGCCCGGUAGGAAAGGGGAAAGAGGAGAUUCUGUUGGCCGACCAGGACCCCCUGGUCCACCUGGACUUCCAGGAAGAAUUCUUGGAUUGAAUGGAACAGUGUUCCCCAUGCGCCCCAGACCGCACUGCAAAAAGGGAAGAGAUUCGAAUAACGGGGUCAAUAUUGUUGAAGCUAAAGGAGAAAAAGGAGAGGUUGGAAUACCUGGAGAGCCAGGGACACCUGCCCCUGAGUUUCCAAACAGAAUUGUGGGCGCUAAAGGCGACCAGGGAUCCAAAGGUCAGCAGGGAGAAAAGGGUGACUUAGGCCCUCCUGGUCCUCCAGGACAACCAGGGCGGUCAGGACCUGUGGGUCCUAAGGGAGAGUCAGUCAUUGGCACUCCAGGUUCUCCCGGUUCUCCGGGCCAACGUGGAGCCCCCGGGUUUGGGCGUCCAGGUCCCAGAGGGCAACCUGGCCCUGCAGGACCCCCAGGACCACUUCCUGCUUUUGAAGUGGGUGUCAGUGUCCCAGGUCCUCCCGGUCUUCCUGGCCCCCCAGGUAUUUCAAACCUGGUGACCACCUACGAGACAAUUCAUGCUCUGACCAGAGAGACCCACCGCACUCCGGAGGGGACGUUGGCGUAUGUGUCUGAGCGCGGCGGAGAGCUUUAUAUCAGAUCACAGAGCGGAUGGCGUAAAGUUCAGCUUGGAGAUUUGAUCCAAUCUGAGCCGUCGUCCUGGUCAGCACCACAGGCCCACAACAAACCCGGAGAAUGGAGCCGACCACACCGGAGCCACAGCAGGGAGCUGCAUGAGGGCAUUAGAGGAUAUCAGCCCAGUUUUAACAUACGGCCACAGACCAACGCUGUAGCUGGGCUCCAUCUCGUGGCUCUGAACACCCCAUUGAAAGGAGAUCUGCGAGGGAUCCGCGGCGCCGACUUCCAGUGCUACCAGCAGGCACGGGCCGUGGGGCUGACGAGCACAUACAGGGCCUUCCUGUCCUCACACCUCCAAGAUCUGGCCACCAUUGUGAGGAAGGCAGACCGCAGUGACAUGCCUGUGGUUAAUCUCAGGGGUCAGAUGCUGUUCAAAAGCUGGCUGUCCAUCUUCUCUGGAAAUGGUGGAACAUUUGACCCCUCCAUCCCCAUUUACUCCUUCGAUGGACGCAAUGUGAUGACCGAUUCGGGAUGGCCAGAGAAGCUGAUUUGGCAUGGUUCUAGCACUACGGGAAUCCGCACAACAAUGAACUACUGCGAAGCGUGGAGGACUGCCGAUAUGGCGGUGACAGGUCAGGCCGCAUUGCUUCAGACAGGACGCCUGUUAGGAGAGCACACCCGUUCGUGCUCCAACCACUACAUCGUGCUGUGCAUAGAGAACACAUAUGUCGGGAACAACCAUCAACGGAGAACCUGAAGACAGCACAUAAGCAGGCAUGCUUAAAAUGUGCAGCGUAGAACAUUUGAAAGUACGUUUGAACAGCAACAACAUCCCGGUGCGCUUUAAUAUUAUUAUUAGGACUUAAGUGCAUGACAAAAUCAGGUUAACAUGCAGAAACUGCAUUGUUACAAAUACAUUUGAAUCCACUAUUUUAACAUUUUAAUUGGCAUCCAAACCGGACUUUGCUACAACUACAUAGAUUGAAGGAUGCAUCCAAGUUUAGUUCAAGUUAUUUAUUCUUCACUCAUCUAGCUACAUCACACAGAAAAUGAACAUCUAAUGUAUUAUUUGUAAAAGAGGCUUUUAGAGAUAACAACACACAAAUGAUUUUUUUUUUUUUUUUUUUUUUUUAAACUUGGGCUAUUGUCUUCACCCUAGUAGAGAAAAUAUUUUUUUUAUGUUCCUUUUCAUUGCUAUUCCUGUUGCAUGGUAGUAGUGUGUAAGAGAAUUUGACUGUUAAAAAAAACAACCUAAGUUUAAACUACACUUCAUUAGAAAAUGUCCAUGCGUGGCCAUGAAGGGAAAAUUGUGAUUAAAGUAUAAAUUCAUAAAACAUAAGAGAACAAGCAUGCGCUGUUAGUGAAUACCACUACACCUAAAUGUCAAUUCCAGAGAUGAAUAGAAUAUUAACCACACAUGCUGGCUAACAGAUGACAAAAGCGUGAACAUUCACACAAAUGUUCCCCCGCUGAAUAAGAUUUUCUUCUAUGACAAAUUGUUCCCAUAAAUCAAAUUUAUUUCAGGAUAUUCAGUGUUAUCAACACCUCAAGCUCAACAAGUCUACUUUUUGUUUUAGCCUUCAAGUUAAAAUUCCAUUGGGAUUUGUAAUAAUUUAUACUGUAGCAACAUUUACUUUGGAAAUCUAGUGUGAUCACUUAUAAAUUUGGAUGGAAAAAUGUAUAGAUGUGUGUGUUUAUGUUCAUGUAUAAUUGUUUUUGUUUUUUUUCAUAUUCAAUAGUUAGUGAUUUUUGUUUGGGCACUAAACGAUUGAUUCUUUUCUCCCAGAAAGUAUUGAUAGCGAUAACAGGAAAGAAAGAAAGUUUGCUACAUUUGAAAAUGUUGUCGUCUGUCAUGUCUGAUUUUGCUGUUCAAACAAAACUUGAGCUUCUGAGGUCAUGAGAGCAUUUGUACUGACUGACUGAUUGUCACUGAAUAAAUAUCUAAUUAUUGUUUUUA